UCGCCGAGAAAGGAGGCGGGGAGCUGCCGGCGAACACGCACACAAACACACGCGGGAGGGAGGGGUGAGAAGGAGGAGGAGGAGGAAGAGGAGGAAGGCGGAGGAGCUGCCAAUGAGCGGGGAUGAAAUAAGCGCUCCCCUCGUCCAGAUACAACACUCUUUUCCUCCCAGCCUAAACAACAUCCGAUUUAUAAGAAGCUGGCCAUUCAAUAUCGCGAAUAGAUUACGGUCUCCUCUUUCUUUUUCCUCCUCCUCCCCCUUCCCCGUCCCUCCCUCAAAUAUCACGCGGGGACCCAUACACCACAUUCCUAUGGCCGGGCACGUGCAGAUAGAUAAAUGGCUGGCCUUGUGGGUAAAACUGUUGUUUACACCUGAAGACAUCCAAGUUCAGACCCACAAUCAACUUUAACUUUUCUGCUUAUAUUUUGAACAAAGUUACUGAGUGAUGCACCAUGGAAGACUGCCUCCAUACAUCUUCUGAAAACCUUUCCAAGCUGGUCAGUUGGGCCCACAGUCAUGGUACCAUUUGCAGCCUCAUUCCAAAUUUAAAACACCUACUUUCAGAGGGUUCCCAUGGCAACCUGACAGCUAUGUGGGGCUGUAGUGCAGGCCAUGCCUAUCACUGGCCAUUGACAGCUACUUGUAGGGCUGGUUCACAGGAAAGAGUUUGUUUCCAGGAUAACCGAAGCUUCAACUCUGAUAGUCCCAGCUUAAUAGGCAUGCCUCCAGACCCCCAAGCCAGCCCAGUGGAACGCUAUCCAGGGAGGUCAGGAAAAGCAAAGUUGGACUAUAACAGAACCAGAGAUUCCUGCGAUUUCUCCUACUGCAGUGAGCCUUCUGAAUUAGACGAAACAGUGGAGGAAUACGAAGAUGAAUCUAAUCUUUUUGACAUGGUCUGUGAGUCCUCGGUGACCGAUGAAGAUAGCGACUUUGAACCUCAUCGUCAAAGAUCUCAGAUAAAUUCCCUUAAAAGGCCUGGCCCAUCUUCUUCUUCUUCACUACAUUUGGACUCUCAGUCUCAGGUCAUUGAUGGAAGCAGCGGUGAUGUUUUAGCCAAAAAAAUAAAGCAAGAACUCCCUGAGGAUUAUUAUAUCGUGGCUAAUGCAGAAAUCACUGGUGGCACUGAUGGCCCUGCGUUGUCCUUGACACACAUGUCAAAACCUAAAGGGGGAGCCUCCUAUCCUGUGGCAUCUAAGCUAACUUCUCAUGCAUCUCCUUCCCUCAGCGCUGACUUUGAUUUGCAGAAUGUUUCAGCCUCUUCACAGGUUACAUCAAGGCCAGUGACCCAGAAACCUCCCAAACUCAAUCUGCCUUCCUCAAGCAGAAGGUCUGGUAACAUCCCAACAGUAAAUCCUCAGGUGGCCCUCCAGGUGCCUGCCAGCACUUCUAAUUCUGGCAAACCUAUCAGCAUUCCUUUAGCAGCCUUGCAGCUUCCUGGGCAAGAAGAACUGUCAGCCUCAGAAGAUCUCCUCCAGCCUGGCCCAAAUCAAGUUUCCAGUGAUGUAGCAUUGUCUCCUUCUGUUAGCACAGAGCCGGAGGUUAGCUCUAGCCAGCAGCAGCCAAGCACCGCUUCCUGCACAGUCACUGAGCCGGUGGCACAGACAAUACCAGACCAAGAUGAGAGAGCUGCAGAACUUAGAGAGCAAAAUGAGAAAACUAUUCGCAGUACCCAGACAGCUCUCCGAAACUUCAGAGAGUUUCUCAUCUCUAAAUACCCGUCAGAAACCAGGGAGAUCUACAUUAUUCCUUGCAAAGAACUAGAUGCUUAUCUAGCAUCCUUUUUUGUCGAUGCUCGACAGAAGGAUGGUUCGGAGUAUGAGCCAAACAGCUUGGCCAACUACCAAUGUGGGCUGGAGCGGUAUCUCAAAGAGCACCGAUAUGGAUACAGCAUUACCCGAGACAAGGAAUUCAAGAGGUCCCAAGAAGCACUGAAACAGAAGCAGAUAGAACUGAGGUGCAAAGGUAAAGGCAACAAGCCACACAAAUCAAUGAAACUUACCUUUGCCGAUGAGCUGAUUCUCCGCAAAAGAGGCCUGCUAAGCCGAUAUAAUCCGGAGGGGUUGUUGAACCUUGUCUGGCUCAACAACACAAAAGCCUUUGGCCAUUGUACGGGCUUCCACGGGUCGACUCUCAAAUGGGGAGACAUUAGACUUCGAGUGACAGAAACUGGCUUAGAAUACUUGGAAUGGAUGGGCCAAGAUGGCAGUGACGGGAACGCCAAGAUUAAGAGGACAGGCACAGAUUCCAGAGUGUAUGCAACUCAGCACGCUCCACAGACUUGCCCCGUGCAAGAUUACAAGGAAUACGCGCAAAGGCGUCCCCCUGCGAUGCGGUACGAGGAUGCCCCUUUCUACUUAUCCAUUAAGCCUGUUGUUAAUCUAGCUGCGUUACACUGGUACAAUUGUCAGGCCCUUGGUAAGAACAAACUAGCCAAGAUGGUUAAGACUAUGUGUGAGAAAGGGAAUAUUCCUGGGAGGAAGACUAAUUUCAGUGUGUACCAGAGCUGCAGCACCCUUUCUGAGGCCCAGAGUAACCAGCUGGUGCUAAUCUGCAACAAUUUAAGCCAACAGGCUGCUCAGUCUGUAGCAAGUCAUUCUAGCACUGGCAACUUCAUAGUGUCUGCAUCUUAUGACUCUUCUUCAGAUACAGCUUGAAAGUCUGCUUAGCGUGACCAUGUGGUGUUUGAAGCUUUGGUGUCUGGUAACAUGCAUUGUCUGUGAUUCUACAGUUCCCUUCGGACUCACCUUUCUCCAGUGUCAAAUCCCAUUAUCAAAACAAAUAUAUAUAUAUAUACAUAUAUAAAUAUAUUUUUUUCUUUGUAUGAAUAUGUAAAUAGAAAUAGCUUAGCCUAAUUUAUAUAGUAUUUCUAAUGCUGAUGGUGAAAAAAGAAGCAUAUUUAUGGGGUGCUAAUUUAAUGGCUGAUUAUAAAACUGGAAAAUAAUUUUCAGGCCAUCCCUAAUUUUAGCAUUACCCACUUUUAAACUUAAGUCAGUGUGAAAUUUGAUUAACUGUCACUUCUUUCCCAAGCAAAAUGCAAAUUAUAAUGUAAGACAACAUUGACAAGUGUUUAUUAGGAGCCCCAAUAGUCACUCCAUGUGACCAAAUAGAUAUGGAGACGAUUUAAAGUUAUGAUGUUCAUAUGUUCUGCAAAGUUCUUUGAAGGCAUCAUUAAUAAGAAUGGGCAAAUUCUUAUUAUUCCUAUCAUUGGGCAAAGUUUUGGAAUUGCUUUAUACCAUUCAGCUUUCAUUGCUUUUGAAAAGUGUACCAUGUUUAAAAGAAUCAUCCUCAAAUUCUCAAGCCUUUUAAAAGUGUGGCAUGAAUUUGGUAUAUGAGAGAAUGAAGGCAAGAAUAUUUUUCUACUUUGUUUAGUUCUUUUUGUAGUUCAGUUAGAUUUUUUUCUUUUUGUGUGUCUUGAUAAGGCUAUGGAGAAGGAAAAGAAUAAAAAAAGGGUUGCUAUUUAUUGCAGUGUUUUCUGUUUACAGUUUAGGUCUCUAAUGUCAAUUAUGCUAGCUAAGAAAAAAAGAAAUGCUAACAAAAUAGUUGUUUAAAAAUAAAAGUACUAUUAAUUAAUAUGCAAAAGAAAUAUCAUGGCAAAUAGGAAGACUGUUAAUUUUGGAAGCCUUUUCAGCUUAUCGAGCUGAUCACUUAUCCUUUAGCACUUUCUGUCUAGCCGCUUCAUUUCUGUGGAUUUUAAAAAUGUUUUUGAACGUUGGACUACAUUUUAAUUUGCUGAAUUGAAUAACUACAAUUCAAAAUAGUCUGGCUGAUUUAAGAUUGUUUUACUCUACUGGAUUGUGACCAUUCCACAAUGGUGGAGCUCCACAAUUGUGAUAGCUCCACAAUUAGUUAGCAAUAACUGCAACUUCCAUACUUCAUGUGUACAUUGUAUAAUUGUGGACCAGAUAGCUGUGCAGGAGAAUAGGUAAGAAAUUGCAGAUUAGCUGCAGCUGCUGGUUUAAACAACACGCUCAACACUCUCCAGCUCAAAAGAAGGAAAAAUCUUGAAGAUCAAUAGUAGCACUAAUGGACCUGGACUGCAAAAAUCCAGAUGAUUACUAGAUGGCAACAACAACAACAAAAUAUUAGAAUCGGUGAAACAGCUUUCCUAGUCUUUGCCUUUUUUUCAAAAAGAGGGCUAUAGAAAUAUUCCCACAUUUUCAUGGUUCCACAGUGGAUUGCAGUAAAAUAUUUCUUGAUAGAGGCAAGAGAAAAAUACUGAUUAUAAGAAUAUGGAUUUGUAAUAUAAUAGUAUCACAGAGAAUUGGGGCAAUACUUUAAAUCCAGAGAGCAGGUGAAGCUCUUGUAGAUUUCCCCCCCCCCAUCCAUCCAUUUUAGGCAUUAAAAUAGAAGAAGAGUUGUGGGUAUUAAAUACUUGAUCAGUGGGGUGUUGGGAACUGGCAUUUGCUGACCAUUUUAUGCAAUAAAAUAUGUUAAACAGGUCCUGAGGACAAGUGAAUGUCAUCUCUCCCCCUUUCAUAAGAGAAUAAUGUAGUUAAAUUCAAAGUGUUAUUUUCAGUUAUACAAACUGGGAGGAUGUAUUUUGUUCUGUCUAGGAUUCCUCUUUCAUAGAUUUGUGAUAAACAAAUCUUAUUUAAAAUUAUGCAUUCCUAAUUUCUGCUAGCAUUUAUCUGACAAGAAAUGAAUCUUCCUGUAGCAGCUCCUUCCUUUCACACUAACCUUCCCUUUCCUCUCCUGUAAAGUAAUUACUUAUUCACAGCAAUUUAUACUUGUCUUCAGCCAGAAAGGCAUCUAAAGUGACUUACAUAUUAUUAAUUUUUAAAAGGCACCAUCCCCAUUAAAUUACAUACAUCAGACAAAUGUGAUUGGAAUAAAAGAAGCUAACUUAGCUAAGUAUCUCUUGAAGCUAGCUGCAGAAGAUGGGGCCAUUUCAGCAGCCGUGCCACAAGUCUGAUUCCAUUAGGUUUUUCUUCUCCCUGAAUUGUUUUCAUUCCUGUUGACCAUUGUAGUUUAAUGGUCAUGCUUGCUGGUGAUUGAAUAAUAGUUGGGAUGAAAAGUACAUGGAAGGAAGAGGAAGCUGAUGGAGUUGACUGGGAAUAGUGCUGAAAGAAUGGCUCUUUAAAUAAUUUAGGAACCAAUCGCUAAAUGCCAGAAUAACGACUUCAUGAGGUUGGUAGUGUCAUGGUUUGAAGAUGCUCUUCUGCCUCAAUACCCGGAUGACUUGCCAUUAUUGAAGGAAGCAUGAAUUCUGCUUUCUGUCAUUGAAGAAUAUAAGUCUAUCUCUUCAUCAUCUGAAGCACAUCAACAUCUUCCAGUAAGGUAAUAAUCCUAAACAUAUAAGCAAGUCUACAAGAGAAUGGAUGAAGAAUAAAAAAAACUCAGUAUGUUGGAAAUGGCCCCUGAGUGAGGCAGGUUUAAACCAUCUUUUGCUACAUUGCAGUUAAUCUUCCCCUCUUGUUCCAACAAGGUCCAAAGAGAACUUAGCUGUAUAAACUAGGCUGGGUUGCGGUUGUUUACUUUGGAAGGAAGUCAGGUGACUAUAACUGGAAAAAAGAUGCAACUGGACUUGCAAGUUUCAUGUCAGUAUAGUUUUUUUUUUUUUUUACAAGAUGGCUGGAUAGUACUUCAACUGAGCAGUAGAGAAAGAACCUGUGAUUGUACAUGUUUGUUCAGCUGUCCACCGGAGGCUGCCUCUGACAAGGAGGACAAGCUGGAGCCAGGGCCUCAGAAAGAGACAACGGGGCAUCCAGAAUCUGCGGAGACCUUCAUGUGUGAAAGGGAUGCAGUCCUGGGAACAUUGGGUGGUGGGGUAUGUGAUCGUCUGGAGAAGCAUCUGCCUGAGCUGGCAGAAGUGGGAGAGGCCAGGGAUGCACAGCAGCAGGGGGUGGAUUUGGAUGAGCAACGGGAUGCCACCCCUGCCUGAUCCACGAACAAGGAGAGCAGAGCGCCACAAGGCACAGCGGAGGUUGGCAAAGCUACUUGCAAGAAAGCAGCCUUGCCCUUCCCAAUGAGAAACACCGGUGAGGAGGGAUGGGUCAACCUCCUCCCAAGUAGCUUUGCAGCCCUUCUCUGGGCUUGCCUACACUCCAAUCUCCUUGCCCUUGGAUCAGUGGAGCAGGCAGCUGUUCCUCAUCAGAGAUCUGCUACCUAUCAGGACCACUGCCUGUCAGCAGCUGAUCCUCCCCUGUGUCUGCAGUUAGGCAGCUUUCUAUCUGGUCAACCACCUCUCCCAAUGCCUGAGGGGCCUGGUAGCAUCGUUCUCAGCCCCUGGUGUGCCUUCCCUGUUGGAUGGUUCCAGCUCCAAGUCUUCCUCCUCUUCCAAACCGGCCUCUGAGGGGGCUAUGACAGCUGUCGUUUAAAAUGUGAGCCCCAUAUUUCUUAAUGGCCCUCUAUCCUUUAAGUCAGAAUUUGCCAAGCUUUCUGGGCUCAUGGCCUGGAGGGAAGGAGAGCAACUUCCAAAUUGAUGUGUGCACAUGCACACAAACGGGACUGUGAAUACCAGUGCAGUACUAGUCCUGUUUGUGCAUGCACAAAUGGGCCACACAACCCACCCGGCAGUAGCGGCCCCGUUUGCACAUGCGCAAAUGGGGCUGCGAGUGGUAGCAUGAAUGGGAGGGAGUGCACGCGUGCGCGCACCAGCCAACCAUUUCCACAGCCCUCUGGCCAAGAGGCUGCAGCCCAGUAGUCUGCCGCAGCCCACAGGUUGAGGAACCCUGCCUUACGUAGCAGUUUCACAAAAAACAAGAGGGAAGCUUAUGAAUACAGGUAGUUCUCAGUUAACAAUAGUGAUUGAACCAGGGAACUCCAUCACUAAGCAAUGCAAUUGUAAAGUGUGGUAUUGCAUGGGUGCACUGACCAAUGACACAGUUCUGGCACUUCUAGUUGCUGUCACCGGGCAAAUCCUGUGCAGUCAUUAAGUAUAAUGCCCCAUGAUUGCCAUUCGUAACUUCCUGCUGGCUUCCCCAUUGACUUUACUUAUCAGAAGCUGGUAAUGAAUCAUGAUCACGUGACUGCAGGCCAACAUAAUUGCAACCUGGUUGCCAAGCGUCCCAAUUUUUGUCUGGAAGAAGGACAUAGUGGAUGGAUGCAACUACAAGGACUAGUUGUAAGUCUCUUCCUCAAGCACUGUCAUAAGUUCAAAUGGUUGCUGAAUGAAUAGUUAUGAACUAAGGACUACCCAUACUAGUUAAAAAUGUAUGUUAAAAUGUCUGUGAAUAGUUGUAUAUCAUCUGUAGGAAGUCAGCCCCCCCUGAGAAAGAAAUAUUUUGGGGAAUAUUAAAAAGCAGAAUGUUGUGUUUCCCCAAAGGAUGUUAAAGGCAGA